CAGAACUUUUAGUAGUUAUAAGGCAUCAGUAAACGAAUGAUCUAUCACUUGAGAAAAUGCAAUCCAUAUUGUUUUUAAUAAGUUUGGUUAUAUUGCACAAAAUUCUCAUUGUAGAAAGUCAAGCAUGCAAGCAAAAACCCUACAACGUGGUCUGCUACCUAGCCAGCUGGUCCGUGUACCGCGAGGGGCGGGGAUCGUUCAACGUUAGCUACGUCAUCCCCACGUACUGCACCCACCUGGUGUACACCUUUGCCGGACUUGGGCUGAACGGAGGGCUGGACUCGCUGGACCACUACAACGAUAUCAACGUCAACAAGGGAUACGAGCGGAUUGUCGGCUUAAAGGAGGAGAACCCCUGCCUGAAGGUCAUGCUGGCCGUUGGAGGUUGGAAUGAAGGUUCCGAAAAGUAUUCGUUGAUGGCGGAAACUGAAGAAUCGAGAAUGGACUUCGCUGAUCAUGCUUUGAAAUAUCUGGCACAUUUCGGAUUCGAUGGAUUGGAUUUGGACUGGGAAUACCCAACGAUGCGAGGAGGCAUCCCAGAAGAUAAGGAAAAUUUCAUACUUUUGUUAAAAACUUUACGGGACAAGUUCCAACGUCGCAAAAAGUUGCUCUCAGUAGCCAUCGGUGGCUCACCCGGAAUCAUCCAAGCAGCCUACGAUUUGACCGCCAUGUGUGAGGUCCUAGACUUCAUAAAUCUCAUGGCGUACGAUUAUGGACUGAAGAACAUAGCAAGCGUUGACGCACCGCUCUAUCCGGAACCGACGACCAAAUCAGAAUCGGCUGACGGGGCCAUUGCGUUCAUCCGUCAAUCCGGAUGUCCAAUGAGCAAGAUUAACCUGGGAAUACCAACAAGAGCCAAAACAUACACGUUACGAACGGGUGUCAAGGGUGACCUGCGAACCGGAAUUGCCGUUCAGGGACCGGGUCGUGCCGGGCCAUAUACGAAGAACGCCGGAACGCUGGGCUACAACGAACUUUGCGAAAUGGUCAAAGAGGGCAAGUGGGACACCAAACUGUUGAACAAUGUCAAGGUUAAGGUUGGUUUCCACGGGGAUCAGUGGGUUACCUACGACGAUGGGGAAACGACCACGGCCAAGGCCAUGUAUGCAAAGGAGAAGGGGCUUGGAGGGGUGAUGUUCUGGACGAUCGAUACGGACGAUUAUCACGGGGAUUGCCAUAACGAGGCGUACCCGAUGGUGAGAGCUGCCAACAGGGUGUUUGGCUAUAUUAGAUAAAUCAAUAUUUCAGAAAAUAAACAUAAUU